CACAACUCACACUCAACUUUCCUCUCCACCAUCAAUCGACAAUGCCCUCCAACGCAGACAUUACCGCUGCCUCCCGCCUCUCCACCGUGGCGGGGCACAUCAGCGCGGCGCCCAGCGCCGGCGGCGGCGGCAGCAGCACGGCGCGGCAGAUCAACCACAUCACCGUGUUUGGCGCGGGGCUGAUGGGCGGCGGGAUCGCGCAGGUUGCCGCGCAGGCCGGGAUCAAGGUCACGCUGACUGAUGUGAACGAGGCGGCUCUGAAGCGCGGCCUCGACGCCAUCGCCGCCUCCGUCGCGCGCGUCGGCAAGAAGAAGGCGCCGGACAACGUCGAGGGAUUUGUACAGAAGGUCCUGGGGAACAUUAACACGACGGUCGACCCCGCCGCCGCCGUCAAGGACGCCGACCUGGUCAUCGAGGCCGUCAUUGAGAACCUCAAGCUCAAGCAGGACCUGUUCGCCAAGCUCGACAAGGUGGCCAAGCCGUCGGCCAUCUUCGCUACCAACACGUCGAGCCUGCUCGUCGGCGACGUGGGGGCUAGCUUGCCCGAGGCUAGGCAGAAGCUCUUUGCGGGGCUGCACUUCUUCUCGCCCGUCCCCGUCAUGAAGCUCGUCGAGGUCAUCCGCGGCCCCAAGACGGAAGACUCGGUGAUCGACGCGCUGCUUGCCCUCUCCAAGCGUAUCGGCAAGGUGGCCGUCCGCGCGCCCGACAAGCCGGGAUUCAUCGUCAACCGCCUGCUUAUCCCCUACAAGCUCGAGGCCGCGCGCAUGCUCGAGCGCGGCGACGCCACCGUCGAGGACAUUGACAUUGCGAUGAAGCUCGGCGCGGGCUACCCCAUGGGCCCCUUCGAGCUCUUCGAUAUGGUCGGCCUCGACAUUACAAAGUUCGUGUCCGAGGGCUGGAGGGAGUACGCGGACCGCGGCCUCAUCCCCAAGGACCUGGUCGCGCCGAGCCCGCUCAUCGAAAAGAUGGUCGCCGAGGGCAGGAUCGGCCGCAAGGCCGGCAAGGGCUUCUACGAUUACACCAAGGGAAAGAAGUAAGCGUUCAGCUCAUCUCGCAUGUCAUGUAUCGUCUUGUUGUCGGACC